AUGGAUGAGAUUGCUGAGACGCCGAGAGUGCGUCGGUUUAUACCUAUCGAUUCGCCGUGGCAUCGUCUUUUUGAUUUGGCGCACACGCCGACCUACAGGGAGCUGCUGGUCGAGUUCCUUUCGUCAUUCACAUUUCACCCUCCUGGGGAGCCAGUGCCGCUUCCGUACCCAGGUGCUCCCCAUCCGCCUGAGGUUUCUUUCAGGCUUGCUGGCGUUAUGCGUUCGAUGACGCUAGCAGAGUUUGCGGUGCAUUGUGGUUUAUACAUGCAGGAGGAGAUCGAGACUGAGAUUUACACAGCGGGGCUAGUGGUGGUUGAAAAACCCACUCUUGUAGGGUUUUGGCAGGUGAUUGCGGGGGCGGAUCAUUGGGAGCACGAAAAGUCGAAGGGGAGGGUGUCGUUUGUUAGGGACCCACUAUACAGGUAUCUGCACCAUUUGCUCGCCACUUCUAUUUCAGCGCGCGGCUACAGCCGUGAGUGGUGUACGACCACAGAUCUUUUUUUCCUUUAUUGUUUGUUGUAUAGGAGGCCGUGCGCGCUAGCACACGGUCUAGCCCAGUACUUCGCCUCCGGCCAUCACCGGCAGGAGCGCGGAUUUUUGUAUGGCGGGGCGUACGUGACCGUCAUUGCCCGUUCAUUGGGCCUCGUACCACACCAGGACCAACAUCUACGGACGCCGGCGAUCAUGCCGACGCGGAUGGGUAUGCAGUCGCUAUGGGGGAUGAGGGUUAUCAAGAGGUUCUUCGUUGGCCCGCGGUUUAAAAACCGCGACGGGGGCGUAUGGAGAGAGGAGGCCCUACCAGAGCAUUUCGAGCCCGUUCAUCCUCCUGCAGAUCCUGCUGAUGUAGUGCCCGUGGAGGACCCUCCGGAGGAUCUAGACGGUGCAGCUCCGCCACAGCCACCGCCACCUGCCGGGGCACCUCAGUUUCCACGUCACGUUAUUCGAGGUCAUGCCCCAGGAGCUGCGCUACAUCCGGAUGUACGAGCCGAGCUUGAAAGGCUCAACGAUUUGGUUUUGGUCAAAAAGCGCCAGAUAGUCGGUGGUGCCGAAGAUUCAUGCACGCUUCAUAGAAUUACUAACUUUCCCUUAUAA